GUCGUUACAAAAUGGUACUUCACUUGCAAUCUUCAGCUAUAAAAAUCUCUAUGGUUCUUUGUGAAGGGGGGCCAUUUUUCAUAAUAAUAAGGUCGGUAGAUUUGCUUUGUGGAGCUUAUAGUUACACAGAACACCAGAAAAGGUGUAGUCUUUCCAGUUAAUCUCCAUAUCUGGACACAGUAGCUCACCAAGUGCGGGGAAGGUUUUUUUUUGUUUCAGAUCAGGAAAUGGUUAUAAAAUUGCAUAACUGAAAAUAGUUAGCAAGGUUUGUUAUUGAAAGAAACCAACUUGUCAUAUAAAGUUGAGGAAAAAUUUGCCAUAAAGAUAUGGAAGAUCAGGAGUCAUAUCGCUGGGCUUCAAAUCCAAUCCAGAAAAUAGAGCACCUUUCGAGCUCUGAUGAUGCUAGCCAAGUGAUGCACCUUUCAGUUGAGUCCUUCGAACAAUACUGCACCCUUGAAUCUUUCUGUGGUAAUGAUGAUGGCUAUGCAGUUCACAAUUCUCCAUCCACUGCAAGUUUCUCACCAAAUGAUAGCCAGUCAUACCCAUCAGAUUUGCAAGAUUCAUCUGAUAAUACCUGUGGCUCUCCAGUAAGUCGAUCUUGUGUCACCAACAACGUGAGUGACUUCAGGCAUAAGCUGAGAGAAUUGGAAACUGUGAUGCUAGGACCUGAUUCAGAUAACCUUAACAACCAAAUUACCUUGGAGGAGGAGAAAUGGAAGUAUAUGAUGGAGGCGAUCGCCAGAGGGGACUUGAAGGAUGCGCUCUGUGCUUGUGCAAAGGCUAUAGUAAACAAUGAUAUGCUCACAGCUGAAUGGUUGAUGACCGAGUUACGGGAGAGGGUGUCGGUGACUGGUGAGCCAAUCCAACGAUUGGGAGCCUACAUGUUGGAAGGGCUUGUCGCAAGGUUGGCGUCUUCAGGAAGUGCAAUCUACAAGGCCCUCAGAUGCAAAGAGCCUGCUGGUGCUGACCUCCUUUCCUACAUGCACAUACUGUAUGAAGUCUGUCCAUACUUCAAGUUCGGGUAUAUGUCUGCAAAUGGAGCAAUUGCAGAAGCCAUGAAGGAUGAACUUAGAGUCCAUAUCAUCGAUUUUCAAAUUGCACAAGGCAGCCAGUGGGUCACUUUAAUACAAGCUCUUGCUGCUCGUCCAGGAGGGCCACCACACGUACGUAUCACAGGUAUUGAUGACUCUACAUCAGCUUAUGCCCGGGGAGGAGGAAUAGAUAUAGUAGGGCAGAGAUUAACAAGGCUUUCUGAGUCAUGUAAGGUACCUUUCGAGUUCUGUGCUGCUGGAAUUUCUGCAUCUGAUGCUCAACUUGGCAACCUUGGAGUUCGACCUGGGGAAGCCAUUGCAGUGAACUUCCCCCUGAUGCUGCACCACAUGCCAGAUGAAAGUGUCAGUACACAGAAUCCUCGGGACAGACUGAUAAGGCUUGUCAAGAGCUUGUCUCCUACGGUGGUGACUCUGGUUGAGCAAGAAUCCAAUACUAAUACAGCCUCCUUUGUUAACCGUUUUAAUGAGGUGAUGAAAUAUUAUCUGGCAGUCUUUGAAUCAAUUGAUGUUACUUUCCCGAGGCAACAUAAAGAAAGAAUCAAUGUUGAACAACACUGUCUGGCUCGGGAGAUUGUCAACAUUAUAGCAUGUGAGGGUGCUGCAAGAGUUGAACGUCAUGAGCCUUUUGGGAAGUGGAGAUCUCGGUUUAUGAUGGCCGGGUUUAAGCCUUAUCCGCUAAGCUCUUAUAUGAAUGCUACCAUUAAGACUCUGCUGAUGAACUACAGCGAGCAGUAUACACUCGAAGAGAGAGAUGGAGCUCUGUUCCUCGGCUGGAUGGACCGACCUUUGGUUGCCUCUUGUGCAUGGAGGUGAUAACCUGAAAAAUGUCUGCAACUUGUUGCAAGUCCCACUUUAAAUUUUGAAUUUGUAUUUGAAUGUUGUCGUUGUUGUCGUCGUCACUUGUCUGUAGUUUCUUAGCAUUAUAAUGCUAUCACAAUAUGACUUGUCCUAAAUUAGCUCUUCUCCAAAAGUCAUCAGACUCAUAAGGCUAAUAAGCAAAACAUUGGUGAAUGAUAUUCAAAACAUAUAGAAAGUGGUUGAUAGAUGAGA